UAAAAGCAAAAUAAAAAAUAUGAUUGUGUGUGCAUGUGUGUGUGUUUUCGAAAUAGCUGGAAAAUACUAAAAACAAAUAGCAAAAACAAUAACAAUUGCUAUGAAAAAUUUACAAAUUAAAAAUCGCUGAAAUCUGAACUCAUUAAAAGUCGCUCUCAAGCUUUUAAAAUCGAAUUUAACGCCUUAACCGAAGAUGCUGUGCGCUCGAUUUCAAAGGCGUUCAAGAAACCUUAAUCCCAGCGCAUAUGUUUGGAUUUGGUUUACGCAUGCGCAGCUCAGGCAACAUUUCAAGCAUUUCAGCGGACAAUUCUAUGACAUUUUGGUUUCAAAAAUUAAAAGUAAAACUUGUAUAAAGCGUAAAAAAAGGCAUAACAGAACUAGUUUCAUGCACAUGCCUAGUUACUUGAAUGAAAUGCAGCAACCCUUGAAAAGCACCAAGCGUUUACUAUAAAAAGCCUGAAAUUUUGUGGUUCAACGCACAGUUUCUGGAUAACAAGCAACGAGUCCUGCUGCAUCUUCUUAAACACCAAACAAAGAUAACCACAACAAACAUAAAAAUGUUUAAACAUCUCAUCUGUGUUGCGCUCUGCUCGUUGACCUUCGUCUGUGCCGACAACAUUGAUAAAAAUGCCGAAAUACGCAGCUUUCAAAAUGCCGCAUCCGAUGCCGAGGGCAACUACCAGUUCUCCUAUGAGACCAGCAAUGGCAUUCAGCGGCAGGAGGCCGGCAGUUUGGCCGGUGUGCGCGGCUCACUGAAUUACGUCUCGCCCGAAGGUGAACGCAUCUCGUUGAGCUACACCGCCGACGAGGAAGGUUUCCAUCCGACCGGUGAUCACCUGCCGACGCCACCGCCGGUGCCAGCGUAUGUGUUGCGUGCCCUAGAAUAUAUACGCGCACAUCCACCACAACUCAAGGAGGAACAAUAAAUACAUACAUCUACAUAUACAUACAAACAGACAAACAAAUGUGUGUGUGUGUGUAUAAGUAAAGAAAUAGCGGCUUUUGGUAGUGGUAAGGGUCAAAUGAUACCCAUCCAAUGGCAUGUCCAAGUGACGUGACGUGUUAAUUGACACAUAUACACAUUUUGUUUUAUGUUUUCACAUUGUUUUUUGUUUUCUACACAUAACCUUUGCUUCGGCUAAUUUGCUUAUGCAUCUUUUGCUUUUUCGCGCGCUCAGCUGGAGUUUUAAGCGCGCGUAUAGUCAUUAUUUGUAAUUAAUAGUUUUUGUUUUAAUAAAAAAAGUGUUUUAUAAAAGGUAACGUAAA